AUGGCUAUUGCAUUGUUCAUAUUGAUGGCAGCGUUCGUCGCUUUAGUGAUUUUCCUUCCACUUCUUUCAGGAAUGUUUACUUAUAAGCCAAACCCGUCAUACCUUGAAAAAAGAAAAGAAAAGGAAUCAGAAAAGCUCAAAUCGCAAAACGAUGACGGGUAUGGCGGAUACGUCCCUCCUGAUGAGCAACUCGAAUUGGAAAAACAGGCCAAGUCUUCUGGAUCUCGAAUCUACUCUAAAAUAAGCCAUUUGACUCAGGACGAUAUUCCUAUCAAACUUCAGCUUCAGAGCCACGGGGAAUUAAAAAACCGCACAGCUCGAAAGCCUGUAACGACAGACUCUAAUCCUAACAGUUUUGAUUACGACUUAAAUGAAUUGAUUGACGAGGACUUUGAAAGCGAGAGGGCCGAAAAUUCCAAGGUUUACGCACCCGGCAUAAUAUCAAAUCAUGAGGAAGUAUAA